CUAGAUUUGAUUGAUGUCCCUCUGAAAUCCGGUCCGAACAGUAGCGUCUCUCACUCUGACACCCACAAAACAAGACCGUACUCUCCCAAGGCUAUCACUACUACCUCUACCUCUCGCGCACCGAGAGAGACCUUUUUGAGAGACGUUACUCUGUCUCUUCCUCUCAAAUAACAAAUCCCCGGAUAAGAAAAGAGUAAAGUGAAGUUGAGGAAGGGGACCAUCUUGAGUGGGCACAGAAUCUCUAAUACGAAGUAGAAAGACUUGGUCUUGGGGAAGCAAUGGCGAGAGGAUUCAAGCUUGUAGUUGCUAUUUCGCUGUUGAUUUCACAUUUUGAUAUCUGCUUCGGAAGCACUAUUGGAGUUUGCUACGGAAGAAAUGCUGAUGAUCUCCCUACUCCUGAUAAAGUGGCAGAGCUGGUUAAACAACGCAAAAUCAAAUAUGUCCGAAUCUAUGACUCAAAUAUCCAAGUUCUCAAAGCCUUUGCAAACACUGGAAUUGAACUUAUGAUCGGAGUUCCGAAUACAGAUUUGUUGCCAUUCUCCCAAUUCCAGACCAAUGCUGACACUUGGCUAAAGAACAGCGUCCUCCCUUACUACCCAGCUACAAAGAUCACAUACAUAACUGUUGGUGCGGAAGUGACAGAAAGCCCUAACAAUGCCUCUGCUAUGGUUGUGCCAGCAAUGCAUAAUGUCCUCACAGCCUUGAAAAAGGUUGGCCUACAUAAAAGGAUAAAGGUCUCGAGUACUCAUUCCCUUGGUGUUUUGUCCCGAUCAUUCCCACCCUCUGCAGGCGCUUUUAAUAGCAGUCAUGCAUCUUUCCUGAGACCCAUGCUGGAAUUCCUUGCUGAGAAUCAGUCACCUUUUAUGAUUAACUUGUAUCCUUACUACGCUUAUAGAGAUUCCUCCAACAAUGUGACUCUGGACUAUGCUCUAUUUCAGUCGAGCUCGGAUGUUAUAGAUCCAAAUACUGGUUUGCUUUACACUAAUAUGUUCGAUGCUCAAAUAGAUUCCCUUUAUUUUGCGCUGAUGUCUCUAAAUUUCAGAACAAUUAAGAUCAUGGUCACUGAGACGGGCUGGCCAUCUAAAGGUUCGCCAAAGGAGACUGCUGCAACUCCUGAUAAUGCCCAGACAUACAACACCAAUUUGAUUCGUCAUGUCAUUGACGAUGCAGGCACUCCUGCAAAGCCAGGACAAGAGGUAGAUGUGUAUAUAUUCUCUUUGUUUAAUGAGAACAGGAAGCCUGGGUUGGACUCGGAGAGGAACUGGGGAUUAUUUUAUCCUGAUCAGACAAGUGUGUAUAACCUCGAUUUUGCUGGAAAAGGUGGUGUUGACACAAGCACAAGCUCAAAUCAUACCAGUUCAAAUGGAACGACCUGGUGCAUUGCUUCUAGCAAGGCUUCUGAACUGGACUUGCAGAGUGCCUUAGAUUGGGCUUGCGGUUCUGGAAAUGUGGAUUGUUCUGCAAUUCAGCCCAGCCAGCCUUGUUUUGAACCAGAUACUUUGCUUUCUCAUGCCUCCUAUGCAUUCAAUAGCUACUACCAUCAAAAUGGGGCCUCUGAUGUUGCCUGCGGUUUUGGGGGUGCAGGAGUGACGGUUGACAAGAAUCCUAGCUAUGAUAAUUGCUUGUAUAUGACUACCGGCACGGGCACGGGCACCGGAACCAACAGAACAACAUCAUUAGGUAAUGCAACUGCAAUUGCUUCACCUACUUCUUCUGUGCCGAAGGAAGCUUUUACCUCGAUUUUUGGCUGUCUCUUCAUAGCAUUGCUUGCGUUUAUCUUCAAUGUUUGAAAUGCUCAAGCAAGUUAAAUUCUUGAAUCAUGAAUGAGAUCAGAGGUGCGAGUUUGUGAUGCUAUCUAUACUCUAUUGAGUUUCCUUGAGUUGUGUCAAAAGGGAUGUAAACUGUUUUAGAGGCAUGAGCCAUUCCUAGAUUUGUAUGAUAUCUGUAGGUGUUCUGAAGAUGGUAUCCAAGACUACUACUCCAGUCCUCCAUCAAUGGGGGAUAACUAUAUUUUUUUCUUGUAUGAUAGCCCAAUUUUUUGCUUA